AUGUUUAGAACCUUGCUGGCUUAGCAGUAAAAACUACAUAAAAACAUGAUCUGGCACCUCAAACUCCAACUCCCACUGUCUCCUCCCACUUUCGCUCUGUUUUUAUAAAGCUCACGGUCGUCUGCUGCUCAUGUCUGUCUUGGAAUGAAUCUGUCACCAUGUGGACGACUCUUAUGAAGCUAGACUUGGCCUCUGUUGGCAUUGCUCUAUCUCUGGGCUUAAUUUCUGUAGUUCUGUUUGAGAUCUUCAGGAUGAAUUCCUACAGAUCUCGAACUCCUCCUGGUCCCAGACCUCUGCCUUUUGUGGGAACCAUACCAUAUUUGUUGAAGAACCCAAUGGAGUUCAUAAGAUCGUUAUCUCAGUAUGGAGAGAUGGCCACUGUGUAUCUUGGGAGAAAGCCAGCGAUAAUCCUCAAUACAGUCCAGCUCGUGAAAGAAGCCCUGGUCCAAAACGCUUCAUCUUUUUCAGGAAGGCCAUAUAUACCACUUAUAUCCUGGAUCACUGGUGGAUUCGGUAUAAUAUUUGUCACCUUUGGUGACGCCUGGAGGCAACAGAGACGGUUUGCUCUUCACACGCUCAGGAACUUUGGUCUGGGAAAGAAGUCUGUCAAUGAACGAGUGACAGAGGAAAGCAGAUACCUGGUUCUUGAAAUGCUCAAAUCGGAAGGCAAGCCUUUCAACAUUCAACAUACAACACAGAAUGCCGUUUCCAACAUUAUCUGUUCCAUCGUGUUUGGGGAUCGUUUCGACUAUGAUGACAAGCGAUUUGCAUACCUUCUGAAAAUCCUGAAUGAAAACAUCUUUCUGACAGGGUCAGUUGUUGGACAGGUGUUUAACUUGCUUCCCAUCAUCAAAUAUUUCCCAGGGCCACAACAGAAAGUCUAUCAGAGCGCUGAAGAGUUGAAGGCUUUCAUCAGGGAAGCGGUCCGAAAUCACAGAGAAACUCUGGAUCCAGACAGUCCACGGGACUUUAUAGAUGCCUACCUGCUAGAGAUUGAGAAAGGCACCCAGAUAUUAAUUAACUUAACAGCGAUUUUAACUGAGAAGGAGCACUGGAAGUUCCCAGACACUUUUAACCCAGAGAAUUUCUUAGAUGACAGUGGAAAUUUCUUCAAACCUGAGUCUUUCCUCGCUUUCUCCUUGGGUCCGAGGGUCUGUCUCGGCGAGACCCUAGCUAAGACGGAGCUGUUCCUCUUCAUCACUUCUCUCUUACAGCGGAUUCGUUUCUCCUGGCCACCUGGUGUGAAGUGGCCAGACAUGAAUGGGGUCGUCGGUGCAGUCCGCUCUCCAGAGCCGUUUGACAUCAUCUGCCACAGCAGAGGAUCCUAAGAGUACACUUUCCAAGUUUACAUAGCUAUUAUAACUCAACUAAUGUUAAUAGUUUUAGCUCUGGGACGAAAUUAUACUCUAGUUUAAUAGUUAUGAUUUAAAAAAAAAUGACACAUAUGCUAUACUCAUUGUAAGAUACUGAAUCCGAUUUCACAAUAAAUUACUUUAGUGGUGUAAAACCACUGUGACACUGA